CGCACGCCGGCCAGCCUCACGCGAGCGGCGGCACGCGCGUGACAGAACAACACGGCGGUGACGCGCCGGACGUAGCGGGGGCGUGUCCGUCAGUGCUGUCAGCCGGCCCGGUGGCCCGUCACUCUAUCAGCCGGGUGCCCGGAGACGGACGCGGACGCGGACUCGGACGGCCGGCGGGGCGCAGGGUGGAGGCGGAGGGGUGCCGCAAGCCGCAGCCGCAAGGGAGUGUCGCUCUUCGAGUUCUUCGAGCCGGGCCGGCAGGCCGCGGUGCCGCGGUCAGUGUUCAGUGUGCGAGCGCGGCCCGAUGUUGCCACACGGCCCGGGCGCUCACCGCGCGCGCCAGCUGCACCACGACAACAACAUCAGCUGUUCUUGACGAGGCGCCCCCGCUGGAGCCCCGCGCGCCCUCCCCUCCCCUCCGCCUGGACCGCCAGGGCUGCCGCCGCCGAGGGUGGAGGUGACGCAGGGAGACGACUCGCCACCGUCCUCCUAGCCCAGUCACUGCUUCACCAUGGACUGCAUCAAGAAGAAGAAGCGGAGGAGACCCGCGGCGGACGCAGACGGCCUGGAGACGGACAAGGAGUACGCCGAGCGAUGGCUGUCCAUCAGGAUCAUCUACUUCACCAUGUUCCUCAUGUCGCUGGGCUUCAGCAUCGUCAUCACGGGGGUCUGGCCGUACAUGCAGAAGCUGGACUCGGACUCGAGCAAGGAGUUCAUGGGCUACGUGGUGGGCGCGAACCCCUUCGCGCAGAUGCUGUUCUCGCCGCUGGUGGGCUGGUGGGCCAACCGGGCGGGCUCCAUCCGGCAGCCCCUGCUGGCCACCACGGCGCUCUUCACCGCCGCCUCGGCCGCCUACUCGGCCCUCGAGGUGCUGCCCGUGCCCGCGCGCAAGCACUGCAUGCUCAUCUCCAGGUUCCUCGUCGGCGUCAGCUCGGCUAACAUCGCGGCGUGCCGGUCCUACUUGUCGGCGGCCACGAGGAUGAAGGAGCGCACGGGCGCCGUGUCCAUGGUGUCCCUGGCGCAGGUGCUGGGCUUCAUCGUGGGGCCAGGUCUCCAGGCCGGCGUGACGGUGCUGGGUGCGCAGGGCGUGGCGCUUGGCGGCGGCCUCCGCCUCGACAUGUUCACGGCGGCGUCCUGGAUCAACGUGUUCCUCGGCGUCCUCAACUUCGUCAUGUUCCUGCCGGCCAUCUUCAAGGAGAAGCGCAUCGCGGCGCGCGAGGCCAUGCUGCGGCAAGGCGCCGCCACGGAGGAGGCCACCUGGAAGCAGAAGAAGCCGGACUACUUCUCCGUCUGGACGCUGAUCAUCGCCUUCUUCGUGCUCGUCUUCAACUUCGUGCUGCUUGAGACGCUGGGCACGCCCCUCACCAUGGACCAGUUCGCGUGGACCAAGGAGCAGGCCCUGUACUACAUGGGCAUCCUCAUGUCGGUGGGGGCCGUCAUCGCGUGCGCCACGUUCGCCGCCAUCGGGCCCCUCUGCAAGAAGUUCGAGGAGCGCCGCGUUCUCAUCUGGGGCGGCUUCUUCCUCAUGGUGCUGGGCCGCGCGCUGUACGUGCCCUGGGGGCCGGACCCGCCGCUCAUCGCCUCCGAGAACACGACGGUGACGACGUCGGACGGCACGGAGAGCGUGGGCUGCCCGCCCAGCCAGGAGUGGUGCGCCACCACGCCCUCCAUGACCGUGUUCCAGAUGGUGCUGGGCUUCGCCGUCACCGCCAUCGGCUACCCAACCGGCGUCACCCUCAUCCAGACGCUGUACUCCAAGCUGCUGGGGCCCCGGCCACAGGGCGUGUGGAUGGGGCUGAUGACGGGCUCAGGGUGCCUGUCGCGCUUCAUGGGCCCCGUGUUCGUGUCGUACGUGUACACGCGCAUGGGCACGCUCUGGACGUUCGGCAUCACCACGUCCAUCAUGGCGGUCUCCAUGGUGUGGCUGCUGCUGUUCCAAGGCCGCCUCAUCGUGCCCGAGGAGGAGGACGACCUGCGGCGGCGGCAGGCCAACGGCAAGGUGCCGUCGGACCCGUCGGACCCGGAGCGCCCGGAGGAGGAUCCCGACGAGGACGUCGCCGAGGACGUCGGGGAGGACCCCGAGGCCACGCGCCUGCAGGAAAUCAAGACUGACAAGGGCUGAGUCCGCGGCCGUUCCCAGGGAGGGGCCCUCGCGGGGCAUGGCCUGGGCUGGGCGUCGGCCUCGGCGUCGGCCUCGGCGUCCACGUCCGCCCGCAACACGAAGACUGACUCGGGAUGCCCGACGGCGGCGUCGCGGCGUCCCCCCGGCCGGAGGACCUGCAGGACUCGGAGGACUCCGGCCGCCAGAGGAGAGUGGCCAUUUAUCGGCGCAGUGAUCACGGCCAGCACCGCCAGCAUCCGGCACCGGCUGGACGUGGAGGGAAUAAUUGAGGCGAGGACCUGCUUGUCCGUCGCGCGGCUCGCUGGGUGGGUGCACCAUGAAGGUCGGGGGUCAGCAGCGCCGCCGGGCCGGGCCCUAUCGGCCCUAUCGGCCAUCGGGCGGACUAACAGGGUAAACGGAGUGAGGUGUUUGUGCCAGAGACUGUGUGGGUGAGUGAGGGUGUGUGUGUGUGUGCGUGCGUGUGCGUGUGUGCGUGGGCACACACAAAGCAGUGCGUCUUUCUUCCCGAGUGAGUGGCUGGCUGUUCGACAGACGAAUGAUGAGAGGUUCCUCUCGCCGUCGGCUCCCCGCGCACUUCCCUUCCCCCACUACUUCCUCGGUGAAUUAAAAGUGGUAGCACCGCCCCGCACUGCCCCACGGUCGAGGCGAGGUUCGGGUUCGACUGCCAGUCGGGGCCAAUCCAUCAUGGCGAGAAUGUGCCCGUGCACGCCUGUACCACCUAUACCGCCUGUGCACAGUGGGCCAGAAGACCGGUGGAGGCGGCCAAAACUCUAGACGCGUUU